UGUAUGUAUAUAUGUGCAUAUGUAUGAUUUUGGCUAAACAAAAUAAAUUGAAUUAAAUGUGAUGUUGCUGGAAUAAUGAGCUAAUUGAUUUUACAAUUAUUAGUAGUUUGAGAACCCCUACUUUAGUGCAUGUUGGCGCAUGUAAGUCUCUGUUGUGUGGAGGAAAUGCAUAUGAUCUGAACUCUGUAUGUGAGAUUAGGAGGAUUUGGAUUGCUUCUCAGCAGCUGACGGAGCUAACGGUUUUUAAUGAAAGGGGAAGUGGAGGGUGGGCACUACGCUUCCGCAAUAACGCCGUCGGUCAGCAUUAUCAGCUCUAACUGUAUGUCAAAAUGAUUAUUAAAUAAUGUCAAUCUAUCCCUGACAUCUAUUAACGAUAUAAAUAUGUUGAUAAGGCUUAAUAUAGUGGGCAACAAAUUGCCCUAAAAAGGUACAGGCCGGCUCACUGUAUCAAGCUCUCUCACACAUAAUGCACCUAUUGGUGCGCUUACACACACACACAGAGAAAGGAAGAGGAGAACCUCCUCUUUUCGAGGGUCAGUCGUCUCUCACACGUCACUCCGUCACUCAGCCAGUGAGAGAAACAGGUCUCAGAUAUAUAGCUGCUUGGAGAAGGUUGUGUCUGAGUAAAGGUAGCUGCUGUCCUUGGGUCUUAUCUCAGAGAGCAUCCCAUUCCAGCCAUCGAGCUUGAGCCCCCAGGAAACGUGUGCAUUAAAACGGCAAAACAAGCUGUCAAAUUCCAAACUAGCAAACAACGUUUACUUUUAUUGUCCGUUACCCUGCUAAUAUUGUCUAAUGAGAGACGAGGACAAAAAUCAGACUCCAAGGAUUUUUCCUUUUUAUGGAAACGGCUAUAAAAUGUGCAAUAAUCACAGUGGUAGCCCAUAAAAUACUAAUGUGCUCAUAUGUGGGCUUACCAGAUGAAGACAGACUGUAGCCUAUGCCAACAUAUAAAAUAAUAUUACCUGGCUUACUUGAGACGGUCUGUCUAUCGAUGUGUUUCAGUGCCUGGGACAGCGCUGUGUCUGCAGGCCUACACAUAACAAGCAAUAACUCAUCAUGUUUAAUGUUGAUGCAUGAGGAAUAAUGUGCCAUUACUAUUCCCUAUUUCAUGGGGAUCUUGGAGUUAUACAUUUAUUAAAACAACAGCAAAUCAUUUGAACAUUGAUAACCAUGUCCAAGCCUCAGGGUCAGCCUUAGUAAUGUCUAAUAGCAUGAAUUAUUCAUUUAUGAGUGCUUCUUCUCUUUCCACCUCACUCCGUUAUUUAACUCACCAGAAAUGCAUCAUCCUAUGUAAAAUUCAUACACUGCUGUCUUGGACUAAGUUAAUACUGGAUGUGCUUCUUGCGGGUGCCCUGGUAUCAGCUGUAUUACUCACAAGUUCUGUCUUAUCUGACAUAAUGUAUUCGGGCCCUGGGGCUGUUCUGAAAAUGUUCUGGUGUCUCUCAUAUAUUCUGCUGAUGGAUCUUUACUUACAGUCUGGUGGUAACGUGACAGAAUAACAGCCUGUGUGUGUCUGUCUUUGUCAGCCUGUGGAAGCCCCCUCCCUGAGCGAUGGCUUCACCAGUCUCCGUCUACAACUCCAACCCCUUAGACGCACACAUCUCCAGUACGUCCAGAGAGUCUCUGAAGAUGGAGUUGUUAGCCGAUGUGUCUCUGCUGCCAGGGGAGGAGAGAAUCAUAGAUAAAGACAUCAUCUACAUCUGUCCAUUCAACGGAGCUGUGAAAGGCAAAGUGUUGAUCACCAACUACAGACUCCACUUCAAGAGCUCGGAUGCUGAUGUGGUGGUGACGCUGGACGUUCCCUUGGGUGCCAUCAGUCGGGUGGAGAAGAUGGGUGGGGCGUCAAGCAGAGGAGAAAACUCCUACGGCCUGGAUAUCACCUGCAAGGACAUGAGGAACGUGAGGUUCGCCUUGAAGCAGGAAGGUCACAGCAGAAGAGAUAUCUUCGAGCUCCUCUUCAAAUACGCCUUCCCCCUCUCCCACAGUCAGCUGCUCUUUGCAUAUGUGACUCAGGAGAAGUACGGUGAGAACGGCUGGGACAUCUACAAACCCAUGGAGGAGUUCAGACGGCAGGGCUUACCAAACAACAAGUGGCGUAUUACGUUCAUCAAUAAGAGCUACGAGCUGUGUGACACAUACCCCACUCUGCUGGCCGUGCCUGUGAACAGCAAAGACGAGGACCUCCGGAGAGUGGCUGCCUUCAGGUCCAGAGGACGCAUACCGGUGCUAUCGUGGAUCCACAGGGAGAACCAGGCGGUGAUCGUCCGCUGCAGUCAGCCUCUGGUCGGCAUGUCGGGGAAGAGGAACAAGGACGAUGAGCGCUACCUGGACGUGAUCAGGGAGGCCAACGACACUGCCAAGCUCACCAUCUACGACGCUCGGCCCAGCGUCAACGCUGUGGCCAACAAGGCCACAGGAGGAGGCUACGAGGGCGAUGAGUACCAGAACGCGGAGCUCCUCUUCCUGGACAUCCAGAACAUCCACGUCAUGAGGGAAUCCCUGAAGAAACUCAAAGACAUCGUCUACCCCAACGUGGAGGAAUCUCACUGGCUGUCCAGCCUCGAGUCGACACACUGGCUGGAACACGUGAAGCUGGUGUUGUCGGGAGCCAUCCAGGUAGCAGAUAAGGUCUCCAGCGGGAACUCGGUGGUGGUGCACUGCAGUGACGGCUGGGACCGGACCGCUCAGCUCACCUCUCUGGCCAUGCUGAUGCUGGACAGCCACUACCGCACGCUCCGAGGGUUCCAGGUGCUGAUUGAGAAGGAGUGGAUCAGCUUUGGGCACAAGUUUGCCUCCAGGAUAGGCCACGGUGACAAGAACCAUGCCGAUCAGGACAGAUCACCCAUCUUCGUUCAGUUCAUCGACUGCGUGUGGCAGAUGACUAAACAGUUUCCUACAGCCUUUGAGUUCAAUGAGCGCCUCCUGCUGACGAUCCUGGACCACCUCUACAGCUGCUGCUUCGGGACCUUCCUCUACAACUGCGAGAGUGCACGAGACCAGCACGAGGUGAGGUCGAAGACAGUGUCCCUGUGGUCUCUGGUCAACAGCAGGAUGGAGAUGUAUUUGAACCCCUUCUACACCCCCGAGUCCGGCAGGGUCCUGUACCCCGUCGCCAGCAUGCGCCACCUAGAGCUGUGGGUGACGUACUACAUCCGCUGGAACCCGCGCAUACGACAACAGCAGCAGAGUCCGGUGGAGCAGCGCUACAAGGAGCUGUUGGCCCUCAGAGACGAGUACUUGAAGAAGCUGGAGGAGCUGCAGCUGUCCGACUCCCCCUCCUCCCGUCUGGCGAACAUCCCCACGCCCAACACCUCCUCCUCCACCACGCCGCCACAGCAAUACACACAGCUACACACUCCCCUCUGAGGGCUGGUCUCACACAC